GUGUUCUUGUUCAGCAUAAGACCUCUCAGUCCAUAUUUCCUUGAAAAAUGUAUUCUUUGCAAGUGGUGGUCGGUAUCUAUAGCCAAUAUUAAAAAACACAAAAAAUCCCAGAGCUUCAACCUUUAGUCGAUUCACUUGGUUGCCUCUCUUUUAUUUGUGUAUUGUGGUGUGCUCACCAUUUUAGUAUAAUUAGCUCUCCACAUAUAUGUGACCUCUUUCUGUUCCACCCCCGCCCAGAGCUCUGCGUGCAGAGGUUACAUUUUUGAAAAUCUGGAGCUUCAGAUGACUUGCAAAAGACAUAAAAAAUUGAGUUCGACACUUCCUGCAUUAUGACUUGUAAAAGGCAAGAGUGUCUGCGUGCGCGUGCGUGCGUGUGUGAGAGAGAGAGGAAGAGGGAUGCUGCUGGGAAAAGAAGCAAAUGGUUAUGAGCCUUAGAGUUUCGGAGCUGCAAGUACUUCUGGGAUACGCGGGGAGGAACAAGCACGGACGCAAACACGAACUGCUCACAAAAGCUCUGCAUUUGUUAAAGGCUGGCUGCAGCCCUGCUGUGCAAAUGAAAAUCAAAGAACUCUACAGGCGGAGGUUCCCUCAGAAAAUCAUGACACCUGCAGACUUGUCUCUCCCCAGCGUACACUCAAGCUCCAUGCCAGCGACUUUGUCACCCUCUACCAUUCCACAGCUCACUUACGAUGGCCACCCUGCAGCAUCACCCUUGCUUCCUGUUUCUCUCCUGGGACCUAAGCAUGAACUGGAACUGCCCCACCUUACUUCCGCACUCCACCCUGUCCAUCCAGACAUCAAACUUCAGAAAUUACCUUUUUACGACUUACUGGAUGAACUGAUAAAACCUACCAGUCUAGCAUCAGAUAAUAGCCAGCGCUUUCGAGAAACCUGUUUUGCUUUUGCGUUGACACCGCAACAGGUGCAGCAAAUCAGCAGUUCAAUGGACAUUUCUGGGACCAAAUGUGACUUCACAGUACAGGUCCAGUUAAGGUUUUGUUUAUCAGAAACCAGUUGUCCACAAGAGGAUCACUUCCCACCCAAUCUGUGUGUGAAAGUAAAUGGGAAACCAUGUAGCCUCCCUGGCUAUCUUCCACCAACCAAAAACGGUGUUGAACCAAAGCGACCUAGCCGACCAAUCAACAUUACCUCACUUGUCAGAUUGUCUACGACGGUACCAAAUACAAUCAUUGUUUCGUGGACUGCAGAAAUUGGAAGAAAUUACUCCAUGGCAGUCUAUCUCGUAAAACAGCUGUCCUCUUCCGUUUUGCUACAGAGGUUAAAAGCGAAAGGAAUAAGGAAUCCUGAUCAUUCUAGAGCUCUGAUUAAAGAGAAGCUGACUGCAGACCCAGACAGUGAAAUAGCAACAACAAGCUUACGAGUUUCUCUUCUUUGUCCGCUUGGCAAAAUGCGGCUAACUAGCCCAUGUAGGGCCCUGACUUGUUCGCACCUACAGUGUUUUGAUGCCACUCUCUACAUUCAAAUGAAUGAGAAGAAACCUACUUGGGUUUGCCCUGUUUGUGACAAGAAGGCUCCCUAUGAGCACCUCAUCAUUGAUGGGUUGUUUAUGGAAAUCUUGAAGUACUGCACAGACUGUGACGAGAUUCAGUUUAAAGAGGAUGGGUCAUGGGCUCCUAUGAGAUCAAAAAAGGAGGUGCAAGAAGUUACUGCAUCUUAUAACGGAGUUGAUGGAUGUAUAAGUUCUUCCUUGGAUCAUCAGGUAUCUUCUCACCAGCAGUCGAAUAAGAAUAAGAAAGUUGAAGUGAUCGAUCUAACCAUCGAUAGCUCCUCAGAUGAAGAGGAGGAGGAACCGCCUGCGAAGAGGAGUUGUCCUUCCAUCUCUCCUGCCUCACCCCUAAAUAAUAAGGGCAUUUUGAAUUUACCCCACCAAGCAUCUCCUGUUUCAAGAACCCCAAGCCUUCCUGCUGUCGAUACAAGCUACAUUAAUACAUCACUUCUACAAGACUACAGGCAUCCAUUCCACAUGACACCUAUGCCUUAUGACUUGCAAGGAUUAGAUUUCUUCCCCUUCUUAUCAGGAGACAAUCAGCAUUACAACACCUCCCUUCUUGCUGCUGCAGCUGCAGCAGUUUCUGCAUCGGAUGAUCAAGAGCUUUUACACUCUCGUUUUUUCCCAUAUACUUCAUCUCAGAUGUUCCUUGAUCAAUUAAAUGCAGGAGGAAGCAGUACACCUCCAGCCACGAAUGGCAGCAAUAGUGGCAGUAACAGCAGUCUUGUUUCCUCCAACAGCCUGCGAGAGAAUCAUGGCCACCCGGUUGCAAAUAGAGGCGGCGUGGACACAGCAUCAAUCUUUGGCAUCAUACCGGACAUUAUUUCAUUGGACUGACUUUUGGACUAAAUGGACCUGUCAGAAAGAGGAGAUCUGUGUGCUUGGUUUUACCUUAUUCUGUUUAGAAACAUAGACAAGACUUUUUUUUUUCCUUUUUUAGGAAAAAAAAAAUUGACAUGUACAGAGAACAAAACUAUAUUUUCAGUUUUACUUUUGUAUAUAAACCUAAGCUGGCCUGACUGGUAAAACGAUGACAAAAAAAUACAAAAAAAAAAAAAAAUACAAAAAAAAAAAAAUCCCUUCAGUUUACUUUUCUGGAUUUUACACCUGCACAUUUAUCCUGUGAGUUACUCCUUUAGUUUGGACACACGUGGCAUUAUUUUCUCCACAGUUAAGUAAGCAGUAAAAGAAUUAAGUAUUUGACAUUUUAAUUUAUAGGAAGUUUUAAAAAAAAAAUGCCAUUUACAUGAGGUGGUGGAUUCAGAUAUCCCUCAGAUUUUAUUAGGUUUUAUCAGCAUACGCCCUGCCUAGACUGUUCCACAACAUUCCCUGCAUGGGCAGGACAUCACUCCUGGGAGUGUGGUGGGGUUUUUAAAAAAAAAAAAUGUCAUUUCUGGCUCUACAAGCCUUUGUAGCCAGUUGGUCUGUGGAGAUCCAUGUGCCUCCUAACACGCUGGAUUCUCAUCUAGUGGGCCAGUUACUAAGCUUGAUAAAAACUGGGGCUGAAUCAUUACUUUGAGCCUUGCAUGGUCUUCCAUAAGACAGUGUUUUAUAGAAUUGAACCUCUAAUAAAAGCUUUGAUACCUACUCUGCAAAUUUUUAUUUCUGUUAAGUAUGUAAGGCUUCAGGCCACUCAGUACUUAAGCGUGUGUCAGAUUUUAAAUUGUGAAAUUUCUCAUGCGUUUCAAAAUUUGCCAUGCACUGAAGUAGCCUGCUAAAUUGGGGCUUACACUUGUUCCGUAGGGAAUACCUGCUUUUUUGGCCGCAGCAGAUCGAAUUUCUGCUAAAAAUAAACCUGCCAAGCAGAAGGAAGGAAAUAUGAUUUAAAUGCACUAUUGCAUGGUUUGUGCAGCAGCUGACAGCGGUCAUGGUACAUCAUCAUCUUCUGGCUUUACAUGUAUAAAGGUUAACUUAAUGUUGAUUGUUAAACAUAUGAACCCUUUUCCACGCAAAUCUUAGCCCACUGAACUGUACUGGAAUGUCUGUGUGCAGAAAUCUGCUAGGGUAAGUGGUUACAAUUAUUUUUCUUUUUUUCUUUUUAGCCUCCUGGUUAUUUUGAGUGAUUCCUGGGUUUUCUUUUUUUAUUUGUUCAUUUUGUUUUGGAGGGUGCCCCCCCCAUGCUUAUAUUGAACUGUGAGCCAUACUUGUUCCCUGAUUUUUCCACCCCCUCCCACCACCACUUUUUUUUUUUAAAGAUGUGCAUGACAUAGGAAACUCUUUUUUAGAACUUCUGGAUCAUUUGGACUGAUCCAUUCUUGUUAAACAGUGAAACGUGUAAAUAGAGGGAAAGCAGUUUUUCAGGAGAUUCUUUAAAAAGAGAGGGCGGGGAGGGAGGGAGGUUAUUCUAUUGUGCCCAAAGUCUUCAUUAGAGAGCAUUACUAUGUUCUCUGGUGUGAAAAAAAUAUUUUUUUAGCUAGUUGAAAGUGCAGGUAACAAGCUUAUCAGGAAAGAUAGGAAGGAAUACUAAAAUUAGCAGAUUCCUAUCUGAAUUUUUAUGUCCAGAACUGUUGAUGUCAGCUGGUUGCUUUGAACUUUGACAAAGGCCACCUUUUGCAUAUGAAGUUGUCUCUUUAAAGCCUUGCAUUGAUAAAAAAAAAAAAAAAAAA